AACAGAAUAAAGAAUGAACAUGUCUCUGAAAAUCGUUGUGGUCACUGCUUUGACGCUUUUGGCAGUGAGUGCAGUUUUUGGAAAAGAGUGUGAACAAGGAAAGUCGCCGUGCUCGAACGGUUGGCAAUGUGUCCGAGAUGCCUAUGUAUGUGAUGAAGAAGACGAUUGUGAUGAUGGGUCAGACGAAAAUAACUGCCCAGAGAUACCGUGUGUACAGACGUGCUCGAACGGUGACUGUAUCUACGAUGACUGGGUAUGUGAUGGAGCAGCAGAUUGUGAUGAUGGGUCAGACGAACAAGACUGUGAUUAUGAUAAUCCUGGUAUGCAUUUCUAUAAAUCUGGUGAUAACCGGAAUUGAAAAUGAUGUAAGUGCAUGUUCAUCGUAGUCGAUAAUUGUUCAAUCGUACAACCGUCAAAAAAUAUGGGGAAAAUGAAGAAAACUGUUCAAAUUUUAUAUUUAUGAUUUUAAAACUUACUUUUUAGUUUUUAAAUUGCAUGACAAAAAAUUGGCAUCUAAUUUAACACUUUUGUGGCGGCAUUGUAGUGACAUUAUUGCAUAUUGGCUUCUUAAGUUAUGUCUUUUUGCUAUCUUAAAUUAUGUCUUAUAGUUAUUGCUUAUCGUAUUUUUCUUAUAGCUAAAAUAUUUACUCACUCUUCA